AUGUAUAAUAAACUGCUGCUAGUGUCCUUGCUGCUGAGUCUUUGUUGCCAACGAGCUUGGACACGCACUGUGUCCGUCUCGCUCAACAUGUCGCUGACGCGCAGCGAGCUGGAGGAUCGAAAUGUGAGCAUAGCACCAAUGCUGAGCCAAGAAAUGAUUUUGGUCUGCAUGCAGGAGACGCAAGUGUCCAUGUCGCAGCUGAAGCUCUUUCGACUCAGUCUGUACCUCAAUGAGAACUCCAACGCUGCCAAUGACGUGGCCCCAGAGGCUGGCGAUGGUAACGAUGAGCUGAGCACGACCAACAGCUUGGCCGACAUGGACUACAUCAAUAUGGCGCAGCAGCCAAGGCUUGAGCCCUUGCACUGCUUUGUGCGCUGCCUGCACGAGCGCCUGGGCCUAGCCAUAGAGGAUAACAUGCAAGCCAAGGUGCAAACGCUGCUGAACAAACAGAAGCUGGAGCAGCAGCAGUGCACGCUCAAGCAGCUGGAGAGCAGCAAUCACUGUGAAGCGGCCUACAAGUUGCAUUUGUGCUAUAACUAUCUGAAGAAUCUGGAGGCGGAGCAGCGCAUCAAGGAGGUGCUGGAACGCAGCGAGAACAACAUGGCGGAGAAUGAUGAGCUGCUUGAGGAUGAAGAGGCCAAGGAAGCUGAAAACUUGGAUGCCAACUAAGCAGGCGCUCACUCUUUAAAACUUAAAUUAAAAGCAAUGCAUAAGCUGCGGCUCUAACAAAAUAUAUAACGGCUGA